CCACAUUGUCCAAAGGAGCACUCAUUUUGCAAAUGAAAAUAUUUGGAAAUAAAUUUUCACAUGAAUUUCAGAGGUAUUUACAUUAAACUCAAACUUUAAGAAUUGUUACCCUCAAUUCCAAAUUUGAGUCAGACUGCAUGUUUUACUUUUUUAAUAAGAAAACAAAUCUGAAUCUUGGGCUAUGCUGCGGCUAGUCCUGUUAAGGCACCAUUUAAUUUAAUGGAUCCACCCCAGAGUCUGAUGCCAAAUUGGCGCUAGCAAGGCCAGCACACCUGCAGGACACUAUAUAAUUGGUCAUGUUCGUAUGUCCUUGUACGCCAGUGACCAAGUCUGGCCAGUUGGAGAGUCUGUCUCUGGUCAGAUUAACUGGUGGACUGCAGAGGUAAAAGGCCCAGCGGCUUGACGUUAUAUGUUUUAGAAGAGAUCACGUUUGUCUGUGCUCUCCAAAAUAGACAGUGGAGGUUGCAGCACUGAACACAAACACACAUGCAAAUUAAAUUCACAUACAGUAGGCUAUCUGAAUCUAGUAUGUAGAAUCAUGUCCUCUUUCACUUAAUGUGAGACCUGUGUUGUUUCAGACCAAACUCCAACACCUACUCGUUUCUUGAAGAAUUGUGAAGAAGUGGGAUUGUUCAAUGAACUUACUAGUCCAUUCGAACAUGACUUCAAAAAGGCCACAGAGGAUGAUAUCAGAAAGAAGCAAAUCGGAGGAAGCCUCAGCAGUGGAGACCCAUCGAGACAGCCCCCUGCCCCGCCCAGAGUCUACCACCUGUGAUGAAAAGGACAUUUCUCUGGAGCCGGUUUCACAGCCACCAUCUACCAUAGUUCAGACUGAGUCCUUCCGAGUUCCGACUGUGCUUCUGGCAAGCAAUGAUACCGGUGUCGUAAUACAGCAAGCAUUACCAUCACCAACCUCGAGCUCUGUAAUUACACAAGUCCCAGCCUCAAGUAGGUCUGUUGUUCCUGUUACCGGAACCUUCCCUGUACUCUUACAGCUACCUAAUGGACAGACGAUGCCCCUUACCUUCCCAGCAGCCAUUGCAGACCCGAGUGGACAUAUUCCCACUGCCAUCCCUCUUGUCAGGCCCGUCACCGUUAUGCCUAAUGUGCCAGGAAUCCCAGGACCCUCCUCCCCGUCACCCAUCCAAUCAGAGGCCAAAAUGAGGCUCAAAGCUGUGCUAACCCAGCAGCAACCGCAGUUAACCAAUGGGAGGACAGGCGAGGCUCAGAGCAGUGAUAUGUGGACCCACACUCCACCCCCGGCACAACCCGAGGAGCCCUGUCCCCAGCAGCCUGCCACCUCCACCACAGAAGCACCUGCCUCCCCAGCCCCGCCCGCCAACCCCGGCCCGAGUGGCGGAGGCAGGCGUCGCCGGGCCGCAUGCGAGAACCCGGACGAGAAGAGGCGCAAAUUCCUGGAGCGAAACCGGGCGGCGGCUUCGCGUUGCCGGCAGAAGAGGAAGGUGUGGGUCCAGUCUCUGGAGAAGAAGGCUGAGGACCUGAGCUCCACGAACGGGCAGCUGCAGAGCGAAGUGGCCCUGCUGAGAAAUGAAGUGGCGCAGCUGAAGCAGCUCCUCUUGGCUCAUAAAGACUGUCCUGUAACCGCCAUGCAGAAGAGAUCGGGCCAUCACGGCGCUGAAGAGGAGGACACCUGCGAGGAGGCACCCGGGAGUCCCCAGGCAGGGGCCAUCCAGCACAGCUCCAUCACCACCUCCAACGGGCUGGGCUCCUCCUCCUCCUCCUCCUCCGCCCCGGCUGCCACCCCCGCACCAGCGGCGGAGCAGAGCCACGCUCUCAGGGAGCUGAUCACAUGAGCCUCGGGGUCACGCCCUUCUCAGCGAGCCACACUGGCAAGGAAGCUGGACGGGGAAGACGCUUCGGGAACUAUCUCAAUGUGGGAAAAUGCUGUAUUUAUGUCUGAAUUGGUUUCUUUGUGGUUUAGCAAUUUAUUACUGCUCUUUAACACUGUUCAAAUGUGUCUCAUUUGACGUGAAUGCGGAUGCAGGAGGAAUCAUCUCCUCAUGGUUUUGCCAGAAGUGUCUUUUUUCUCCUUUGUUCUAACAUGUACUGUGUUUAUUUGAUGUGUGUGUAUGUGUGUGUGUGUGUUUUGUGUAAAAAUUAGUGAAUGGUGAUGGGAUGUUUUGAAUGGGUUAACAGUGCUUCGAUAAUGAGGCAUCCCAGCUGAAGCAUGUCUUCUGGCUUAUUUAUAAAAUGGCUGUUUUUUAACUUUAUCUUUUUAAACACUACUUGGAAGAGAGAGGCAUAGGAGGAACAAGGCACUUUCAUUACUGUGUUUUAUAUUUUGCACAAGAGGUGGGAAGGCAUGUUGACUUUGCAUUAUGUUUGGUUGUGUACGUGUGUGUGUGAGAGAGAGACAGAGUGAGACUUGAAACACUCGCACAGUGUGCUUUUAAUGCUGCCAGUGCCGCUAAUUGUGAAAUGUAAUCUUUGAAUAACUUAGUGCUUUGACUGACAUUCCAUGUGCAGUUUGAAUGUGACAUACAGUGGUUGUAGCUUUAUUGAACAACAUCACUCAGACACAUCCUUGAUGCUGUCUUUUCUGAAUGUGCUAUUAUUUCUUUUAUAAUUACUUUCCUGCUAAGACUGUUCUAUAUGCAAAACAAAAUCACUCAGAUUCUUUGUCCUCUUGACCAAAGUUUCUGUCCACCUAAUUACUUUGAUCAAGGAGUAUAUUUUUAACAACAGCAUUUCCAGUUGUUUUUAAGUGACUGUUCAAGAAAUUGGUAUCAAGCUAAACAAAUAUAGUUUUUCUUUGUUUUCCAAAGGAAUUGUACGUGUGGCAUUUUAAGAAAAUUUUAAAUGACUUUUCAAAAAAUCUAUGUCUUUAAUAUGACUGUUUUAAUACUGUAUUAAAGACACAGUAAUAAGCUUUAUUCUUUUUACAAGGAAAAAUCAUCCCAAUCGAAACCUUGUGGGAUUGUACAGGUCUGUCGUAUUUUUUAACUACAAUACAAUCAUCAAAAUAUGAAUAUAAUCACGUGUUGAAAAUGUAAGACAAUGUAGAAUUAAAAAAAAAAGUUACUUAAGCUUCUAUGGAGAAUGUCAGCUAUUUACUGUAGCUUCCAAAUCACAGAAUUGUUAUUUUGAAUCUAUUAGUCUUUCCUCUUUAAAUGUAAUGGCUUACUACUGUGUAGUUUCAUGAGGCUUCACUACAUUAUUUGACUUCAGAAAUCCUGUAUAGAAAAUUAUUUCUCCUCAAGCAUUACAUUUGUACAGUUACUGUUUUGUGCUAUUUGCAUGAGUAAAUUAUCUCAAUUUCACAGCAGUGUCUCAGAUUAAUAAGCAAAACUGCCCAUGCUAUAUCCCCUUGAGUUGCCUGUUACCAGGAGCCUUUGGGAUCAGGACUGGUCCUGAAAGUAAUUUCAUCCUGGUUUAAGUCCAUAAAAUACAUGUUAUAUUACUGUGUUGGCAGUAAACAUUUAACAUAAAGGUUAUGCAUUUUGCAUUUUAGAUGAAUAUAGAGUAAUAAAUCUUUUAAUAACUAUUUUAAAGUAUAUGUAAACCCUCUAAAUUUGUACGACAGUGUAUUUAAUUUGGUUCCCCUAUAGUAAAAUAAUGACUGUUUUA